AUGGAUUCUGGAAAGAUCUUUGGAUCCGAUGAGGAUUCUCGCAGCUGUGGUGAAUCUGGAUGGACAAAGUAUUUAGUCUCAACCCAUGAUCAUGACUAUGAUAAUUACUCUGAUGAUGGAGAUAGCAGUGGUGGUGAUUCAAUGGAUUCUGACGCAUCUUCUGGUCCAGUGAAAGCAACACCAUGUCUCAAGCUUCCUCAAGAGACUACGGAGCCAAACUGUUUGAAGAAAAAGAAGGCUACCGAAGAGAAGGUUUUGGUGGAGACUAGGGUUCACAACGACAAUGAUGAUGAUGGUGACAACCAUGAUUAUGAUGAUGGUGACAAUCCUGAUUAUGAUGAUGGUGACAAUCAUGAUUAUGAUGAUGGUAAUGAUAGUCACAGUGCAGUUCAUAGUUACGUUGGUUCGGUUUGA